AUGGAGCGAUCUGAUGUGGUGCUGCGUUUUUCUGGUGGUCAUACUGGAUGCGAAUGUACAGAAGACGGUGAUCCAUUCAGAAACUGCUGUUACACAUCCGCUGACACUCAUGAUGUUUCUACUGGCAAUAGCACUGGCCCUCUUCAGAAUUCAUCGGACACCGCUGGUGUACAUAUCUCCCAUCUUCAAUCAGAGUUAUGUACUGCUCCUGUCAAUACUCAAAGAACUGCAUUGUUAUCAAGAAGCAGUUUAAAUGAGCCAUUCGGAGCAAACCCAAUAGAGUGCGGCACACAACCGUGUAUGAGCGAAGUCCCGCAUUCCUCCGCCUUUCGAGACUUUGAAACGAGAGCUUUCGGCGUUUUUAUGGACUAUGUGUGCAAUACUUCUACGCUCUACGCAUCUUCAAAAUUCCAUUCUCGCAAAGGUUUUAGGAAAAAUUCUAAGACAUAUGUAUUCAAGCGAGGGGCUUCUGGAAUAAGAGAGCGUAUAACUUACAUCGAUUAUGUGCGUGAGAGCAGUAUAGCUGCGGAUGGAGGUGUACAAAAAGGUGACGUUGUUGUGGCUGUUAAUGGUAUUCCCGUCCUUACGGAAUCGCAUAAGGGGCUUAUAGAGUUGAUGUCUUCACAGCUGAACUUACAUCUUGUGCUCGUCUACCAGGACAUCGCAAGGAUUCUUGCUCUUUCGGUGAGAUCGUUGCAGCUACAAUACAUUUUGGCAGAAAAGUACAUUCUCCUUGAGCAAAUUGAUAUGGAGGAAGCAUCUAUACUGAAUGGUUCUGCUGGUUCCCUCUCAACGGAUCUUCGAAGGGCUCGCUGGUUAUCUGUUUGUCGCAGUAUAUCAAAGUCGCUUAAUGUCUGCCGGAAAUUUCUUGGAAAAGGAUCUAAACCAGUACUCUGUCGUCUGCAUGGCGAACCGGAUCUGGGACUACUUCAUAUCUCGGCUUCUUUUCCGCACCUGAGGAUGACAUCCUCUGGCCCUCCCCCAACAAGUCCUUCAAAACCUGGGUCGUUUUCCGAUCGAUACGACAAAUUUAUUGCUCAGUGGCCAAAAGUGCAUACUCUUCAUAGAAUGGUCGUAGAUGGCUCGCGGUGGUGUUUCUCGGACAUCAAAACUUAUCUUCGAAUAAAGCGUGAACUUUCAUCGAAGGUAAAAACACUUGCAGACUUGAGCAUGGCCGAAUUAGAAGUCUUAGUACAGAUGCCUAUCGAACUUCCAAGGGUUGCUGUAACAGCUGUGCUCAUCCCUUUGCCCUUUGGAUUUUAUGUGGUUGGCUUUGCUAUCAUAUUUUUUCCUCGUCUUGUUCUUACACGUCAUUUCUGGAGUGAUGUUCAAAGGAAAGAAUUCUUUCAAAUAGAUGUGGCGCGGUCAAUGACAAAUUCGGCGUUUCUCCUUGGAAUCGUGGGGAAUCCAGCAUCAGUGGAAGGCCUUCGCUUACCAAACGUGGAAGAAUUAAGAGGUGACGUAUUGAUAGCUUUAUCAGCUAUUCAUUCCAUGUAUCCAUUCCCUGGUAUUCGUCGUCGUUUUCAACAAAGGUGCAAGGCGAUGCGUCAGCUAGACAAAGUUGUUGGCGCGAACAUCGGCUCGCUUACUGCUCGACAACUUCAUUUCCAUUUAUUCAUCCGUCGUAUAAGCAAUACCGGUAAUUCUGAAGCAGAAAUGCGGCGAAUUCUCAAAAGCUGGUUGGAAUUCACAAAGAACUUGGACGAUGCAGCGUAUUUAUGCGCUCCAGUUUUCUUUAAUAGAAGGACGUAG